GGUGGUUACGCUUCUAGUUUAAACAUUAACCAAUGACGAAUGGUAAAGAGACAGACAUGAGAUAGUUAGGGAAAAUGGCUGACGAUGCAGUGGUCCGUGUUUUGACUAUUUUACGUAUAUUUUCGUAUUGAACGUUCGACAUGGAAUUAAUUGAUAUUCCAAACAAACGAUUUUCAUUAUUUCAUAGUGAAUAAAGUGUUGUGAAUUAUAAGUGUGUUGUUAUAGUGUACGAAUUAAAGAUAAUAAAUUGAAUAUAUUGACAGAGCUAAUGAAUAAAUUAAAUGCCUUAGAAUAUUCUAUAAAUUAAAGAAUAGUUUGUACAAUGUACAAUCAUUGUAUUAUUACUGUAUAAACAUAUUGACACUGUUGAUACAGAACGUUAUAAUAGAAAUAUCAUUGUAGGCCAUAAAAUGCCUGUCUAUAGUGUUAACGAUGGGACAGCAUUUUGCUAGUCUCAGGGAAUUUUUUAAGAUGGAUGGUGAUAAACAAUCUGCAGAAAUAUAUUCUAAUGUAUUACAACAACAACAACAACAACAGCAACAACAAUCAACAUUGGAAAUGGUUGACCAAGAUGAUACAGAAAAUUUACCCAAUUAUGAGAAUAAUGGGAAUGUACCUGUCUUGAAUUCAAAUGUUAUCCCAAAUAGGGAGAGUAAUAAAUCUGAAGGAAAUUUGGGAAAUCAUAAUUUGAAUUUAGAUCUAGAUAAUCACAAUUCUAGAUUUGAAUCAUUAUACAGUCAACCGGUGGAAACUCAGGAUAUAAAACAAGUUCGUGGUAAUGGAAAUAUUAAUAAUCCUGAGACACCAUUCAGACAACAGCAGCAACAACAACAACAACAACAACAACAAGAGGCAUGUUGCAGUAGUUCUGGUGGUAGCAACAGUAGUAGUAGUUCAGAAGAUAGUCCAAGAACUCCUCCAUUAAGAAGAUCUUCAAAAACAUUAUCAUUCGGUAGAAGAAAAAGUAAACAACGUAACAAGGAUCAAAGUCCACUAUGUAAUCACAUUUUAUCUUCAAAAAAGAAAAGAAGUAAUUGGGUAUUAAAGUUUGCUAAGAGUAAAGUAUCCAAAAACACUGAUAUUAUUCCUGGUCAAGGCAACAGUAGUUCAGAUUGUGUAUGUACUGGUUAUAGAAGAACCGAAGAACACCCAAUGGGUGAAGGAAUUGUAUUCAAUAGUAGAUCUGCACCACAGAGUCCAAUUCUUGGUCCUUUACCACCGAGUCCUGUGAUUGAUUUGUCAAGAUUUAAUCCAGAGGAAUUUCCUAUGGAAGAUUGCGACGAAAGGGCACGUUUACAACGAGCACGAGAGAUGGAAGAAGGCGUUGAACCACCUCCUGGAUACAGACCUAAUUAUUCAUCGGGUAUACAGGUGCAUCCAAAUGGUAUAACAGUAGAUAGUUUGGCCGCGUUGUUUCAAGUACAUGCUGGUAUUCAAGUUGCUGCCCUUACUGCGUUAUCUCAAAUAGAUUUUACAUUAAUUCCAAAUAUUGAAAGACCUGCACAUACGCAGGUUGAUUAUGUGCAUUGUCUUGUACCAGAUUUACGGUCGAUAACAGCAUGCUCCUUUUAUUGGGGUAAAAUGGACCGUUAUGAAGCCGAACGUUUAUUAGAAGGUAAACAAGAAGGAACCUUCUUAUUACGUGAUUCUGCACAAGAGGAGUUUUUAUUCUCCGUAAGCUUUCGAAAAUAUGGACGAUCUCUUCAUGCGAGAAUUGAACAAUGGAAUCACAAGUUUAGUUUCGAUUCGCAUGAUCCUGGUGUUUAUGCAUCUGAAACAGUAUGUGGUUUAAUAGAACAUUACAAGGAUCCAUCGUGCUGUAUGUUCUUUGAACCUAUGCUGACUAUACCAUUACAUCGUAAUUUCGCUUUUCCUUUACAACACUUGUGCAGAGCAGUUAUAACUACAAGAACCACGUAUGAUGGUAUAAAUAAGCUGCAAUUGCCAAAGACCCUUAAAAGUUAUCUCAAAGAGUAUCAUUAUAAACAGAGAGUGCGCGUUAGGAGAUUAGACACUGAAAAUGAUUUACAGACAGAUACAAGAUCCAUAUCAUAUUUACCUUUAAUAUGAGCCUUUAUAUAUAAUGUAGAAAUAAUAUUGUUUGCUUUAUUAAUUUUUUUUUUUUCGUCCUUGCAUCAUCUCUCUACAGUACUGCAGAAAAAA